AUGCCAAGGCUGAGCCGCGCCAAUCGCCACAUCGCCAUAGGUCUCCUGGAAGCAGAACAAUCUGAACUUACAGUUGCCCGUCGAAUGAAUGUUCAUCAAAGCACGAUUUCUCAUCUCUGGGAGAGAUAUCGGCAGCAGAACUCGGUGGAAGAUGGACCUAGAAGUGGACGUCCUAUAGUCACCACUGCGGCGCAAGAUAGGUCAAUGGACAACCAAGUUCACGAUGCAUGCUGGGAGGGGAACCUGAACAUGGUGAAACGUAUCUUGUCUGAGGGGCAGCUGGAUGUCAACAGCAGGGACAGACGGGCAAGGACACCAGUGAUGGCGGCAGCAUGCGCAGGACAUGGGGGCGUGGUAAACCUUCUCAUAAAUAAAGGAAGUAAUGUGUCACUUGUUGAUGAUCACGAUCGACAAGGUAACAACAUCCUACAUUACACCUGUGCUGGGGGUCAUGUUGAGAUGGUAAAAUAUGUCCUCUCGCUGAACAAGGUAGACAUCAACAGUAGAGGACAUCACAGAUGGACAUCAGUGAUGGUGGCAGCAAGACUGGGAAACAGAGAAAUGUUUGACUUACUUAUAAGUAAAGGGUGUGAUGUGUCAAAUGGCUAUGGAUGUACCAACAUCCUUCAUGCGGCUUGUAUUGGGGGACAUUUGGAGAUAGUUAAAUAUGUUAUCUCUCUUGACCUUGUGGACAUCAACAGCAGAAAAGGGUUUGGGAAGACACCACUGAUGGUGUCAGCCCUGAGGGGAGACAAAGAUGUGUUUGAUUUCGUUCUGAGCAAAGGGGGUAAUAUGUCAAUGGUGACAAAACGAGGCAUGAACAUCCUUCACUUGGUCUGUCAGAAGGGAAAUCUAGACAUGGUGAAAUUCAUUCUUUCAAAGGACCUUCUGGAAAUUAACGUCAGGACCAACGAAGGCGUCACAGCCACGUUGAUAGCAAAACGAAAAAAGAACAUUGAACUGUAUGACUUUCUCGUAUCGAAUGGAGGCCAAUAG